UAAAAUAAUAGAAAAAUAGUUUAACGAUAAAUAAAUACUCGACAUUUUAGAAAACAGAAUGAGUGAGUUAUUGGAUGACGAUUUGGAAUUUCGUGGGGGCACUCUGCAGUUGACUACAGACAAUAUUGCGCCGGACACCACGGGCCGCGUUCAAAACAAUCCCACGGAUGAUUCUAGCAGCACCAGAGUGAAAUCCAACGCAAACCCAAGUUCAGUAUUAUCAGGUGCGGACUCCCUAUCUUCAUCUACGUCAUCUUUUGCAGAUGCUAGAGCAGGAGAGCAAACAAAUGGCGCAUCGGCGUCAGCGGAGCCUGAGGCUGCGCAGCCGGUAUAUCCUCGUUAUGACGUGCCCUUUGAUCGAGAGAACAUCAAAGACUUCUUCACAUUCCGCCGAGGCGUUGUAGAGAACGCCAUACAAGAAUGCAUCACAGGCUUGCUCUUCCCUGAAGAUGGAGAAUAUCUGGGUGCUUGGUUACUAACAGAGAUAACAUUAUGGGACAACGAAAAGGAGAGGAUUGUCAUCCUCACAUCCAGACUGGUGAUGACUAUAAAGUACGACUUUAUAGCGAUGAAACAGCUCGACUUCAAGAAGACCUACCUCGAUGACCUGGACACAAUAGUCAUUGGAGAGCUUGUGUACCCACCAUCCUCACUAGUGCCUCGCCUUAACGGGCUCGCGACAGGAGUGACGACGGUCGUGAAGGACUGCGUCAUAGACCGCCUGUGCCGGCGCCCGAGCAACGCCGACGGGGAGAGUAAACUGUUCGAUCCCAAGUAUUUUGAACCUAGGGAGCGCAACCUUCGCGGCGUGAGGCUGAUGUGGAACAAGGGCGAGGAGCUGCCCCUGAAGACGGUGUGGAACCCCUUCAGCCAGGACGUGCCUUUCAUCACCUUCGCGUCUCACCCCAUAUUUUGGCAUAAAGACGGAGAAUUAGAAGAUAAAGCGACAUACGACAUGGAGAUCUUUGCUCAAAAACUGCAGAGGGCCAUCGAGGCAAUGCCCUCCUCUGCUUGCUGCAUACACCACUCCCCCAUAGUCAUACAGAGCUAUGUGGGCCUCACCUCCUUGCUGCAUAACAAGACCAGCAUGGGAUUCUUUAAAGUCAGAGGAAAGUUCAUAAAUCCCUCACGCAGUCGCCUUAACGGGCUCGCGACAGGAGUGACGACGGUCGUGAAGGACUGCGUCAUAGACCGCCUGUGCCGGCGCCCGAGCAACGCCGACGGGGAGAGUAAACUGUUCGAUCCCAAGUAUUUUGAACCUAGGGAGCGCAACCUUCGCGGCGUGCGGCUGAUGUGGAACAAGGGCGAGGAGCUGCCCCUGAAGACGGUGUGGAACCCCUUCAGCCAGGACGUGCCUUUCAUCACCUUCGCGUCUCACCCCAUAUUUUGGCAUAAAGACGGGGAAUUAGAAGAUAAAGCGACAUACGACAUGGAGAUCUUUGCUCAAAAACUACAGAGGGCCAUCGAGGCGAUGCCCUCCUCUGCUUGCUGCAUACACCACUCCCCCAUAGUCAUACAGAGCUAUGUGGGCCUCACCUCCUUGCUGCAUAACAAGACCAGCAUGGGUUUCUUUAAAGUCAGAGGAAAGUUCAGCUUCUAAGGCAGAUCCUGUUGAUUCAAAAUGUGGGAUUUUGAAAUGGCGUUAAGAAGAGUAUUAUUAUGAGUAAUGGCGAAGAAAA